AAAAAAAAAAAAAAAAACAAAAAUCGAUAUUUACCAAGUCCAACUAAUUGACUACGAUAUUAAUCGAUUUAUUACAGCAUAUGGUUAUAUUCUAAUAUUUUAUCUUCCUACACAUCUACUAGCUAUACAAAAUACACAAGUGCUUCGACUAAUCGCCGUGUCAAGUGAAUUUUUUCUUUGCUCGAACCCACAUCAUACCACUGUUUAUUAGGUCCUUUUCAAGCCUUUCGUCAUUACAGAUCUUUCGAGAUUCAAAUCUUAUCAAACGCACACUCCUCUCCUUUAACCUUUAUUCUAUCUGUCAGAUUUAUCAAGCCUCCAACUCCAACAAAACUCUACGCCUAUAUUUUCUCCUCGUCAAUUGAUAAGUACGUGCUCGGACAUGAAAAUAUGUUAACAAGCAGCAGAACUACGUUCACACACGCAUCCUCGCGCCCGUGAACCAAUUAAACGAAGAAUGACAACAACCGCUGCUACUCGAGUACUGUAUGAUGUACCGAUUGUUCCCGAUUAUGUGCCUCGGUAUCUCCGCGUUCAAGCACCGGUAGAUGGCACAGUGGUCGGGAAAUGGCCGCGACACGUGUGCCUGCGUCAACAAGCCGGGGGAAGAUUUAAAAGUAAGCUCGUCGUUUUAACGACUGCGGUCCUUUCAAUUAGCCUAAGCCUGACAGAAUUUGAAUCUCGUGUGCGUCGCGAUGACCAAAUUGACCGCGGGAGUAUUCUCGAAUGUUGCUAGAGCAUUUUUCCUGGCGUGCGUAACAACGAUCGUCGUGGCAGUCGUGCAGUCGCCGAUUAUCAGUGCACAGCAGAAUGUUGAUUUGUCGAGGAGAUCGAGUGCGCCUGUGCAGGAGCAUCAGCCAGUGGAGGAAGCCGAGGUUGAAAAGAGCGAAACUGCCGUCGAUUUGAUUUCCAUCAAUAGGAAAUUGUUUAAAAGACUGUUUUUAGAACGAAGAAAGGAGCAUUUACAAGCGAUUAAGAAUCUAAAAGAUAUCAAUAAUUACGAACGCCAGUAUAAAAUGAUAGACGCUUUGUCACAAAAAAUUAUCGAUGUAAUAAAGAUUAAGAAAAGCCAUUUAGAAGAUUUUACCGAUUUAAAAUUGGCCAACAUUUCAUUUUCAACGGAUAUUGAGGCAAAAAAAUACGACGUUAGAGAUGCUAUGUCGAGUGUCUUGGAGAAUAUUGCCUUUUUCGGUGACAUCGUUUUGAAUUUACCAGACAUAACUCACAGAAUUUUAAGAACUCAACCACAAUGGAAUUCCACGAUACAAUGGUCCUUUCAUUUUUUAAAUAAAACAAGAGAUUGGCUAGAUAAUUCAACGCUUGGCAUGGUUAACUUAGCAAUGCAAGAGCUCGACAUUGUACAGAAGGAAGCAAAUUAUUUUAAUCCAAAUAGAAUUGUGAAAUCGAAUAAAGUUGAAAAUAAUAAGAAAAAGGAGAAACUCAAGAGAGGGCCAAAAAUAACUAACAUAGAAUUAUAA